AUGUUUGCCCGCUCGCUUGUCCGCCUGGCUGCGCGCUCCCCCGCCGGCGCCACCGCCUCCUCCACCGCCACCGCCACCGCCGCGCGUGCCUACUCCAGCUCUGGCCUGUGCUUCGACCUGACCGACGAGCAGCGCCAGCUCCAGGAGACCGCCCGUCGCUUCGCCGCCGACCACAUCAUCCCCAAUGCCCGCGAGUAUGACCAGAGCGCCAAGUACCCUUGGGAUAUCGUCAAGGCUGCCUGGGAGACCGGCCUGAUGAACACCCACAUUCCCGCUGAGUAUGGUGGCCUUGGUCUCGGUGCCCUGGACGGCGCCAUCCUCUCGGAGGAGCUGGCCUAUGGCUGCUCCGGUAUCUCCACCGCCAUCGAGGGCAACAACCUGGCCGAGGCCCCGCUCAUCCUGGCCGCCAAUGACGAGCAGAAGAAGAAGUAUCUCGGCCGCAUGACCGAGGAGUGCCUGAUGGCCGCGUACUGCGUCACUGAGCCCGUUGCCGGCUCGGAUGUCGCUGGCAUCAAGACCACUGCCGUGAAGAAGGGCGACGAGUGGGUCAUCAACGGCCAGAAGAUGUGGAUUACCAACGGCUCCGUGGCCAACUGGUACUAUGUCCUGGCUCGCAGCGACCCGAACGCCAACGCCGGGCGCGCCUUCACCUGCUUCAUCGUCGACAAGGACACCCCGGGUAUCACUGUCGGCCGCAAGGAGAUGAACAUGGGCCAGCGGUGCUCCGACACCCGCGGCAUCACCUUCGAGGAUGUGGUUGUUCCCGAUUGCAACCGCCUUGGUGCCGAGGGCGAGGGCUUCAAGAUCGCCAUGGGUGCCUUCGACAUCACCCGCCCGCUGGUUGGCGCCGGGGCUGUCGGUGUGGCUCGCCGUGCCAUGGACGAGGCGGCUCGCUAUUCGCUCGAGCGCAAGACCAUGGGCAAGCCCAUCUCCGAGCACCAGGCCGUCGCCUUCAUGCUGGCUGACAUGGCCAUUGGUGUUGAGACUUCCCGUCUGGCCGUCUGGCGCGCUGCCUACGAGAUCGACCAGGGUCGCCGCAACACCUACUACGCCUCCAUUGCCAAGGCCCUGGCCAGUGACGUUGCCAACAAGAACGCCACCGAUGCCGUCCAGAUCUUCGGCGGCAACGGCUACAACACCGAGUACCCGGUGGAGAAGCUCAUGCGUGACGCCAAGAUCUUCCAGAUCUACGAGGGCACCUCUCAGAUCCAGCGCAUGAUCAUCUCUCGCCUGCUUCUCAGCAACUACUAA